UGAUCGCGACUGUCGCUGGUGUUCGCAUCAUUCCCUUUCUUUCAUUCUCUCUACGUCAGCGUGCGCUUGGAGUCGAUCUAAUUAUCCUAACAAAUCACAAAAAAUGCCGCGAGAAAUCAAAGAAAUCAAGGACUUUCUGCUGAAAGCCAGGAGGAAGGACGCAAAGUCUGUGAAAAUCAAGAAGAACGCUGACAAUGUUAAGUUCAAGGUUCGCUGCUCCCGAUUUCUGUAUACCCUCGUAAUCACAGAUAAGGAAAAGGCUGAGAAGCUCAAGCAAUCCUUACCACCAGGUUUGCAAGUAAAGGAGGUAAAGAGGAGUGAACGUGUGUAAAAUGAUUAAAUAAAUUAUCUUCUUAAA